AUGGAACAAAAUUUGUUGAGCAACAUUGCCAUAUUGUUCUUAACCUUAAUUCUUCCACUGCUCCUUUUACACAAAAAAAGGCAGAAAAAAUCUCUGCCAUCAAGCCCUCCUUCCUUGCCAAUCUUAGGCCAUCUUCAUUUGCUAAAACCACCACUGCACAAAACCUUUAAGCACCUUUCUGAUAAAUAUGGUCCAAUAUUUUCCCUAAGGUUUGGUAAUCAACUUGCGGUUAUAACAUCUUCACCUGCUAUUGUCGAAGAAUGCUUAACCAAAAAUGGCAUUGUUUUCGCGAACAGGCCUUCUGGACUUGGUUCGAAGUACCUCAACUACGACGGUACCACUAUAGCUACUGCCCCCUAUGGUCCUCUCUGGAAAAGACUUCGAAGGAUCUCUACUAUGGAACUCUUCUCAGGAACUCGCCUUAACAUGUUUUCGGCAAAUCGACAGGAUGAAACCAAGUUACUAGUGAAAAAUCUAUACAAAAAAUCAUCCCAGAAUUUUGCAAGAGUGGAGAUACGAUCCCAGAUGAUGGAGAUGACCAUUAACAAUAUAAUGACAAUGUUUUCCGGAAAGCGGUAUUAUGGAUAUGAAGUGGAAGACAACAAGGAGGCUUUGCAAUUUCGGGACAUUGUUCGGGAAAUGUUUGAGCUGGCGAUUUUGAGUCCAGUGGAUUAUUUUCCAAUUCUGAGAUGGUUUGGUUAUCAGAAUCUGGAGAAUAGAAUGAUUGCAUUUCAGAAAAAAUCUGAUGAGUUCUUGCAACGUCUGCUAGACGAACAGCGAACUUCUCCAACUGGGGAUGGAAGGAGGACGAUUAUGGAAAUAUUGCAGUCCAUGCAAGAAUUGGAACCUGAAUUCUUUUCGGAUGAUAUCAUCAAAGGUUUUGUACUGAUUCUACUGGCUGCUGGAUCAGAGACUUCAUCUUCAACAAUAGAGUGGACUAUGUCUCUUCUGCUCAACCAUCCUAAAGAGCUGGAAAGGGCUAGAGCUGAGCUAGAUAAAAACAUUGGUCAAAAUCGUUUGGUGGAAGAAGAAGAUCUGCCUAAGCUGCCUUAUCUCCAAAGCAUCAUCUAUGAAUCACAAAGAUUACUUCCAGCCACUCCGAUUCUUCUUCCACGUGCAUCAUCAAGUGAUUGCACCAUUGGAAACUACACCAUACCCUCUACAACUAUAUUGAUUGUAAAUGCUUGGGCUAUUCAUAGGGAUCCUCAGCUGUGGGAUGACCCUGAGAGUUUCAAGCCAGAAAGGUUCUUAGGCUUGGAAAAUGAUGCAUACAAGCAUAAGUUCAUACCAUUUGGUCUUGGUAGGAGGAAAUGUCCUGGCGCUGGCCUCGCCAAUCGGCUGGUGGGAUUGACUCUGGGAUCAUUAAUUCAGUGCUUUGAAUGGGAGAGGAUCAGCAAUGAGUUGGUAGACUUGUCUGAAGGUACAGGUAUUACAAUGUCUAAAGCCUCGCCGUUGGAGGCAAUUUGCAAGCCUCGUGAAUCCAUGGUCAAAUUUCUUGCUGGGAUUUGA